AUGACAAUCACGUUGAAUACAGUUCUAACGGUACUCGUUGUCAUCGCACAUCCUGACGAUGAAACUCUUUUCGGCGGUUUUAUUCAUGCUCUUACACAUAAACUCAAUGCUUCAGUUGAUCUUGUAUGUGUAACAAACGGUGGAGGUGGUAAUCGACAUGCAGGAUUGUCUGAAUCGUUCUACGGAAAUCUAAAAUUAUCGGAAGAAGCUAUUGGUAGAAAACAUUUGCCACGUAUACGUCAACAAGAAUUAUUCGGCAGUGGACGAAUAGUGGGUAUUCGAAAAUUUUUUUUCUACGAUGAAAGCGAUUUCAAAUCAAGUCCAUAUAUCAAUACAAUUUUGCAUGAACAAUGGAACAAAGAAUGGAUCAUUCAACAAUUUCAACACACAAUUAAACAUGGGAAUAGUGCUAAUGGCUAUGAUUUAAUGGUUGUUAUACUUCCAAAUGUUGACUCAUCGGAGCAUCAUACAGCAUCAGGUCUGCUCGCACUCGAAGCGAUCGAUCGUCUACAACAAAUUAAAUCAAGUGACAUAAUCAUACCAACAAUUAUCGGCGGAUCGGAAUUUGUUUUAACUCAACCACCCACUUACCCUGAAAAUCGACUCGCUGAUAUUUUAACAAAUGUAACAAAUGUCGAAUUUCGUUUCAACCUACGAUGGAAAGUGAGCAAUUCACCGGUUGUAGAUUAUCAGACAGUUCUUUUUUGGAUGGCUGCUGAGCAUAAAUCACAAGGUAGUCUCGUCAAUGAAAUCUUGUCGGAAUAUGAUCAUGAUCGAGUUAAUGAACAAUAUUUUUACUUUGCCAUUAAUGAACGAUACGGUGAUAAUACACGUCUUUUAAUGGUCCAAAAUCUAUUUACUCAGCUUGCUAACUUGCAUGGUGAUGACAUGAAAAAUGUUCUUAACGACAGCUAUACUACGUUGAAUUAA